AUGGGGUUUUCUUCAAGGUUGUUGUUGCUGAUUUUGUGUAUUUUUGUAGCGAUUUUAACCGAGCACAGUUUCUGCUCAAGCUCAAAAGAAGAAGUUUCAGAGGUUCCCGUGGAUUUUCUGAAAUUCGCUCAAACACCUGAAUUUUCUGACUGGAUUGUGAGUGUUAGGAGGAAGAUACAUGAGAAUCCUGAACUGGGCUAUGAAGAGUUUGAGACUAGUAAACUUAUCAGAGAAGAACUAGAUAAGAUGGGGAUUCCCUAUAAGCAUCCUGUUGCUGUUACUGGUGUGGUUGGAUACGUUGGUUCUGGGGAACCUCCUUUUGUUGCCUUAAGGGCUGACAUGGAUGCUCUUCCAAUGCAGGAAUUGCUUGAGUGGGAGCACAAGAGUAAAAAUCCAGGAAAGAUGCAUGCCUGUGGACAUGAUGCACAUGUUGCCAUGCUACUUGGUGCUGCAAAGAUUCUUCAAGAGCAUCGACAACUUUUGAAGGGAACGGUUGUUCUUGUCUUCCAACCGGCUGAGGAAGGAGGUGGAGGGGCAAAGAAAAUUAUUGAAGAAGGGGCACUAGAAAAUGUCAAAGCCAUUUUUGGUCUCCAUGUUGAUCCCAGUUUGCCUGUGGGAGAAGUGGAAGGGAGAUCUGGUCCUCUCUUGGCUGGAAGUGGUUUUUUUGAAGCUGUGAUAAGUGGAAAGGGAGGUCAUGCUGCUAUUCCUCAACACUCAAUAGAUCCAAUAUUAGCCGCAUCCAAUGUGAUUGUGAGUUUACAACAUCUUGUCUCGAGGGAAGCUGAUCCACUUGACUCUCAGGUAAUUACAGUCGGUAAAUUUCAUGGAGGUGGAGCAUUUAACGUCAUACCUGAUUCAGUAACAAUUGGUGGAACUUUUCGAGCAUUCUCUAAGGAGAUCCUGAUGCAGCUCAAGCAAAGAAUUGAGGAGGUUAUUGUUGGGCAAGCAGCUGUACAGAGGUGUAAUGCUACUGUUGACUUUCUUUCUGAAGAAAAGCCUUUCUUUCCACCAACUGUUAAUGACAAAGGCUUGCAUGAUUACUUCCUAAAAGUUUCUGGUGAUGUGAUUGGCACUAAAAAUGUCAAAGAGAUGCAACCAUUGAUGGGAUCCGAAGACUUCUCGUUUUACCAAGAGGUGAUACCUGGUUACUUCUUCUUCAUUGGAGUAAAGGAUGCAAAAGCCGCCAAGCCUGUUUCAGUGCACUCCCCAUAUUUUAAAAUUGACGAAGAUGCACUUCCUUUUGGUGCUUCCCUUCAUGCAUCAUUGGCUACCAGAUUUCUUCUUCAAAGCGUUUCAGAAACUCCUUUAGUGAAUCAGAACAAUCAUGAUGAGUUGUAA